AAAAGCUUGCUUUUGCGUUAGUCACAAAGGUAAAAUAUUAACCGAAUGUGAGAAUAACUGAAUCGUUAAGAUCUAGAUAGGUAAUUGGUUUAGGACGAGUUAUAAUAUGGAUUUCCUAACCUACAAACAUUUUCCAUACCUUUAUAUUUUUUACGCAAACUGCAGUCUGUAGGAUAUUGAUACGACUGUUCAAAUCUACUUCCGCUUUGUUGUCACUCCCCCUGGGUCCUUGAGUGUUUGAUCGGUGUGGUGCUACUUUUUCGUCGGUUUGUGUUGCGAGUCUGCCGCACUCGUGUUCACAAUGGCGACUGACACAGGCAGCAGCCUUUCAGUAGUGAAAUUUGGCACAAUUGUGUCAUUGACUGUAGUCCUUUUAGCUUUCUGGUACCGAUCGCCCGUACAGGACACGCUGGACGAGAGGCUCGACACUGUUUUAUCGUCGCUUCUGAGAGCUGAAAGCAAAGUGGGCAUUGAUAACAUCCGAAGACCCAGAGUGGCAAUAGGUUUUGGAGGGUGUGUGGAUAUCAUUGUGGACGGCGUCGCAUUGCUAAACAAAGUGGGAAUCCAGCCCAGCAGCACUCCUCUUCAUUAUAACUUCAUUGAGAAUGUGGAGCAGUUAUCUCGGAGCUUUUCAUAUUUUUUCCCCCCUGGUGCUGCCUCAGAGCGGUUCGUGGUCAAUGAAACUCUGUUCAGUGAGCUUGUGGAAGCCUCCAGGGAACUUCCGGGGAACCGCUGGGCAGUUGGAGGGAACGCCGCCGUCAUGGCGACCAGACUCGCCAACGAGGGCAGCGAAGUUCUCCUGGGGGGCAGCUUCAGCCCAGAGUUCACAGAUGUCCUUCCUCCACAUAUAACAGUGGCAGGUAAGACGUUGGAGGAACCUGACAUCCACUUGAUUCUGGAGUAUCCAUCUGGAGCUAAAUGGGGACAGUAUACCUCUAGGAGAGCAAAUAGGUACAUUAUCCAUAGUGACAAUCACAAUCCUCUUCUGGACUCCAUGGAGGACUUUGAGGAGCAGCUCCAGACAUUCGGACCAGACCUGCUGGUGCUGGGUGGCCUUCAGAUGAUGGAUAACUUCCCAUUUCAAAAAGGAGAGCGGGAAGCCAGGCUCGAGCGGCUACAGAGGCUGAUGGAGUCGGCCAACCUCGGGACAGGCGUCCACUUCGAGAUGGCCUCCUUCGUGGACAAGGGAUUGCUGGAGGAGCUGCUGGACAGGGUGCUGCCCUACGCGGACUCUCUGGGCAUGAACGAGCAGGAGCUGCCCAACCUGCUGAGCCUGAUGAAGGGGGGCAACGUCACCGUGCUCUCGGACCCCAACCCCCGCGUGGCCACGGUGCUGGACCAGAUGAGGGAGCUGUACCGGCUGGUGAAUGCCCAGCACUCCCGGCAGGGCAGGGGGCGUGCGCUCACCCGGCUGCACGUGCACACCCUGGCCUUCCAGGCCAUCAUCGUCACCAAGGGCUCCUCCUGGAAGAACACCAUGUCCGCCACGGCCAAGGCCUCGCUCACCGCCAACCGCCACGUGUGCGGCUCCCCCGACAUCAACCCCAGCAAGGCCAAGCUCAUCAUGGACGACUCGUUCUCCAUCAGCCGGAAGGAAGGCAGCCAGAGGAUGCCCUUCCAGGAGACCAAGCCUGUGUCCUGCUGGGACGAGGCGGACUACGAGAUCUGCGUGGCGCCGGUGCUGGUCUGCACGGAGGUCUAUCAGACCGCCGGGGGAGGGGACAAUAUAUCGGCAGCUGGCCUGGUGCUUCAGAUAUGACCAGAAAAGACACUCGGGCCGUUAGAGUUUUAUUCAAUUGAUGAAAUAGUUCCCAUAUCAUGUGAAGAACUUUUAUCUGUUUUUUAUUAAUUUGUGAACCGGAUUCAGGUAGUGCAAUACAGGGGUCUAGUUUGUUUUCUUUGCAUUUUCGUUUAUGUAUUGUAUUUGGCAACUGUGAAGCCUUUUCUUUCCUCAAACGUCACUUUUCAGUGCAACCAUAAGGAACGCUUGGCCUCACCCCAAUUGGUUGUGGGGUUGUGGAAGAUAAAUUUAAACAUUUUUUUCUGAAGCCAGGUUGUGGCCCUGAUGACAGUGACUGAACAUCUGAAGAGUCUUUCGAUAGCCAGAGUUGUGAAGAUGCUAAAGGGGUCACGAGCAAAUGAUGGCUAUAAUUUUAUAUAAAUGACGGAUUUUGUCAUGUUUUAUCACUUAACUGUGAAUUAAUCUUCACAACAGUGACAAAUACUGUGGUCAUCACAGUGUUAGAUAAGGCCUUCACUAUGCCUUCCACUUUUUAGAAGGUACCAAGGAUAUGAUAUGGUGAAGAUGCACACAUUCUGAAUAAGGCUUCUUUGAAAGGCUCCUCCUUAUUGUAACCUGCCUAUUCCAUCAUUCAAAGGGUUGUUACAAACCUAUUAAUAUAAUAAUAUACACCUGUGUUAACUUGCAGGAUCCCAAACGAUUAAUCAUUUUCCCAAAAAUAUUUUUGUUGUGUGCAAUUGUGAAUGAUUCAGACAUGUUGAACAUCAUAAAUGUGAACAUCCCUGCUAUUUCUAUUUCUAUUGAGAAAGCUAUUGAGUGCUUUCUGAAAUGGCCAAAUACAUCAUAGAAUGUGGCCUUGUGAUGUCUAGUGCAGAUGCCACAGAUCUAAUUAUACGGCCAUUUAGAAAAUGUAUGUGUUCAUUAAAUCAAGUGACAACGGUGUACAGACAACUAGAUGGACUGUAGUUUGUUUAUCUACUGUUUGCUUCACUGUUGUAUCAACAAACACAUCAUGUUUGCUAAUCAGGUUAAGUCAUUUGGGGAUCCUGACAGGUAAAAUAAGGCAUUGUAUACAAUAUUGAUAGGUUUCUAGCAGUCUCUAAGUGUGGAUGUUCUUUUACAUAUCAUGGUCUUCUUAUGCAUGUUGUUUUCAUUUUAAAGCAUGUUUUUGUGAUUAAGAAACACAGGUAAUUACCUCUGAAAAGUGACCCUUGGAAUGAUCAGAGAGCAGAAUUGCGUCAACAAUUAAAGUGUCUGUUCCCGGAAGAUUCCUUCCAAAAGGUCAUUUUACCCCUCCCCAUCUUUCCAGUCUUUCAGCAUCUUGAAAUCCAUGUUAAUUGUUCAUUGUUUCUGUUUUCUUCUAUUGCAAGACCUCUGCAGAAACCGGCCAAUGCAAGCAUUCAAUGUAUCCUGCUGUUGUGUCGAGCCUUUUCUUUUCAUCGUCUAAUUGUUUUUAAUAGCCACUUAUCCAAUUCAGGUUAACUGUGGCUUGGAGCCUAUCGUGGGAAGCAUUGGGCGCAAGGCGGGAUACACCCUGGAUGGGAUGCCAGUCCCAUCACAAGGCACACACUCGCACCAGGAGUGGACUGUGCUGGACUGUGGGAGGAAGCCACAUGUCCAUAUCUCCAUGGAGACAGCACCCCAGGUCCAGAACUGAACGCAGGGCCUCUGCACUGCGAGGCAGAAAUACUGACCAAAGUGCCACUGUGCCGCCUACCUUUUCUUGUAAUGUUUCUUAUUUUACUUCUAAAUAUUUUUAUUUUAUUUUUUCCCCAUUGCCAGGUACAGAGAAUGCUGUCAAGUGUAGGGUAGGAAAGAGUAUUUCAGAUAAGUGAAUUUCUUUAGUCUGUUAAGGGAGUGUGAGUUUAUUGCUUUCUUUCUUGGAAGGAGAUGGGGUUUGUGUCUUGAAAAAUCCUGUAUAUGAACUGAAUAUCCUUUUCAAACACCAGGCAGUGAAAAUGCAGAAUAUGAAGUAUUCAAAGAAUAUUUAUUUUACAUUAAAUCUUUUAAGUGCAAUUGUUCCAAAAAGCACAUAUAUGAUGUUCCCAAAGCAAGAAUUGUUCAAGUCAAGUUUUGUUCAAAAACUGCAGUUUGUUUAAAAGAAAUCUGUAAAGAUGCCAGGGCAUAUCUUGAUCUUAAGAAAGUGAAUCUCUAAAAAGUCUUCCUGUGCCUAGUAGUUUUACUGUAAUGCAGAAAUCAAUAAAUUAUGAAGUACACAAAUUAUUAUGCAGAGAAGAUUAAAUGACUCUUUGCAGGACGAAGAGAUAUUUGCAGAAAAGAUCUGACCAGAAGAGAACAGAGUACCGUGGCACCCUAAAUUUUGCUGUUCUGAUAUCAAGUGACUGGUACAAGUUAGUGAAUUUCAAAAACAGGUGGGAAGAAUUGUCCUUUUCCUGAGGUGCAGAGCAUAAUGAGGUCCAGACACAGUGAGCCUUAGUAUGACUAAACAGCCCUCCACCUACCACCAUUACCAGUAGAUAAGAUUGUUCCGUGGAAUUAAGAGCAUAAUCUUAGUCAACUUCUUUAUUGUAUCAAAGUAGACAGGGUUUUUUAAAUGGGGACAGAUUAAUUUUUUUCCAAAUGGGAUUUAUUACAGGCCCUCUACAAUAAAAAUAUUUUGGGUCCCCUAUUGAUUUUUUAACCAGCAUGUUUAAUGUGGCCUCCCCUUUUAAGUAAACUUUCUUACAUUCUUAAAACAAAGUUUAAAUUGUGGAUGGUGAUUUUGUUGGAUUAGUUUUUCUUCACAGCAGGGAGGUUCUUUUGGGAGCCAAAAAAUAAGAAUUGGUGAAAUUCCUGAAGGUUUUAACCAGCAGGCUGCUCACAAGGAGUUAGGGUGAGACCUACAGUGCAGGCGUCAGAGGCUUGAGCCUGGGCAAUGUUGUGAGCUGAUUAAGUGGGGGGACACGAGUGGCAGCUACAGUGAAAAGUAUUUCUGUUGGGACAGUGAAGUGAAAUUGGUCAUUUUUGCAGUGUACUAGUAGAAUUUGUAUUUCAGAUCAAAAGUUAAAUUAGAGGCGAAGGUACCAGAAGGUUUUAUUUUUGUAUAUUUAUAUGCAUACAUGUUAAGCCAUGAUAGAACCAAAAAUGUUCUGUGUCAAUUCCCGCCACUUUCAGGAGAAUCAUGACAAAUUGAC